AUGAAGGCAGGACAGGACACUAUCAAACUGGAAUUGAAUUCUAUCAGAGAAGAAUUAAAUUCAAAGAUUGACUACCUUCAGAGUCAACUGGACAACAGAGGAUUUUCUGAGCAAGAGACAGUACCUUCUGCCACUGACAUUCCUUGCAACAGUUUUAUCCAUGCACCUAUUCUAAAUACCUGGGAUAUAACUUUGAAACACGUCUUCAAAAUGAUGAGUAAAGAUUUUGGUAUUGAGAUAAACAAUGAAGAGAAGGCCACUCUCCGAGUAUGUACAAAAAUUAUUUGUGAUAAGCUGGCUGUCCAUUCUUUGAUAAAGGAUCUUGAUUCUUCUCCUAGCUGGGAGUCUAUACCAGUAAUAGUUAGAAAACAAAUGUGUGCUAAGCAUGCAACGUUGAUGAAGGAUGCUAGUAUUGAUCUCAUCAGAUGCCAUGAAAACUGGGUGUUUACCUCGAGAAUCUCUCAUCUUUGGAGAGACCAUUUUAGAAGAUUGCAGUCUCGUAAACCUUUGAUGAAUCCUGGUGAAAGACACCAAGAAAAUUUUGACAAAAAGACACUUAGCCAGUUCGAGAUUGAAGAACGAGUCCAGGAAUUGUUACCCAAAGAACUAGUAAAUGACUACAAGAAGAACUGGCAUGUACCACAUAUACCUGAAGAACAGAGACUCAAGAACACUCCUGCAUGA